UCAAAGGCUUUGAGGAUGUCUCGGCGCAGUGAGCGCCUGCGCCUCCGUUACCAGGCACUUGGUGAUGGAGGCAACAGCAGCAGCAGCAGAAGCAGCAGCAGCAGUGGAGGGAAUUCCCAGGUGGCUGAGCAGCACACCAACUGGAGGGAGGGUCCCUUCAGGACUCUGAGGAGGAAGUCCAGUAGGGUCAAAGGCUUCUCACCAGGCCUCUCACCAGCCCCUCAUCUGGCCCUGUACACCUGUAACACCCCUGAAUCCUCCUCAGGGUACUUCUCCGAGGAUGACUCUGCAGGGCACUCCGUUAUCCACCAGCCUGGCUCUGCAUCCACCUCCAAUAAUGGUGCCUCCCAAGUUGGCAUCUUUAACUGGAUGGCAAUAUACAUUUCAGGUUGGCUCUUUGCAGCAUUCCAGUGGUGCCUGGGAAACGCCUGGCACUGCCUGACCACAGCUGCCUCCCUCCAGGAUUUCUUUCUGUUAAUCAGGAGCUUUUUCACUCGGAAGAAGUUGCUCCUCUUUGUCUUGGGGAUGCUGUUCUUUGUGGCUUCGCUGGCUUAUGGUGCUUGGUGUUUCUACCCCUAUGGACUACAGACCUUCCACCCUGCUAUGCUCUCCUGGUGGGCAGCCCGUGGUAGCAGCAGGAGAGAGGACAGGUGGGAACCAGCACAGUCCCCCUCAUAUUUCCAGGAGCUGGAAAGUGAGGUUGUGCAGAAGACAUCUGAGUGGCACAGUUCUUCCCAAGAGGAGAAAAGGCCAAAGGAGAUGGAUUCCCUAGAGGCCCAGCUGGUUGGCUUGAGGCAGGAGCUGGUGGCUUUGAGCCAGAGGCAAGCUGAGGUGCAAAAAGAAUUACACCUUUGGCCAGAGAAGAUGGCAGCCCUGCGCAAUGAGGUGGAGUCUAAGGUCCCUGGCUGGAUUGAGCGGGUCCUUGGUAUUAAGCAAGAGGAGGUGCAGGCCCAGCUUCAUGACCUGGAACACAGAAUCGUGAGUCAUGUGGCCCAAGAGUGGCCCAAGUCUGUGAGCAAAGCUGCUGCCAUCUUAAGACUGAGCCUUCUGAAGGAAGGAAUGACCACCGGCGUGACGAAGGAGGUGAG